CGUCAAUAUUGAUGUAUAUAAGGAUCUGCUCUGGAGUUAAAGAACAGUGCAAAGCGUGCAAGCCAUCGAUAUAGACUUUUUAUUUGUGUUAGAGUUCCAGACAAAGCCACAAAAUGCCUAAAAAGCUUGCCUGCAUGCUUUUUCCUGGAGGUUGUUAUCCCUCACCAAUCCCACCACAGUUACCAAAUCCAUUUCCAUGGGACACAAAUCCAAAGCCGUGGGUCCUACUGCCCCGCCCUUCAGGUGGACCGUUAGGUGGUGGUUGCUUUGGAAAGAAGUAAAUUCCUGUGACAUUAUUUAUAUAGCAGUUAGCAGAGUGUGAACUCUUAAUCGAGUACCGCCGCGGGCUGGAGGAGGUCAAUUAAAUUAUUAAACUAUUGAUAAGAUAUUUAUACAAUGCUGCCAAUAUUAUUAUUAAUGCUAUCAACAGCUUUAGCCGACAACUGCUCGUAUAUAUACGACGGCCAGCCAUAUACUAGAUUAUCAAUACUAACUAUAAAAGGUUUACCAACAAACCUAGUGGUAAACCCAAACAAAAGAGAUCUUCACUUCACAUUGAUUGAUCUAGAAUCGCUACAAAAUGACGACAUUCAAACCAAAAUGGACCAAUACAUACUUAGAAAUGGAGAACCGAUCAAAAUUGACAAUAUCAACGGACAAGCAGCAGCGGUCGACGUCAAAAAUGAUAGAGUAUACAUAGGCACUGAUGAUGGAUUGACUUUGUUAAACAAAACUGACAAAGCCACCUUUGUUAGUUUAAAAGACGAAGAUAUAGUCCAAAUAUUCAAACCAAACCAUGGAGAUGAUCUAUACGUUGUUAUAUUCCCAAACAACGAAGUGUUUAAAGUAAACUUAAAGAAGAAUGAAAAGAAAAGAGUCCAGUAUGUGCCUUGUGCUUUUAUCAUAGCUGUCGACGCUGAAGAUAAUAUCUUUUACGAAUGCGACUCAAAAUACGUCAAGGUUCUACUAAAAGGAUUCCAUGAGCCUAUUGAAUUUGUUGGAAUAGCUAAAAAUGCUGCAAGAGCUAUUGCUAUUGAGGAUAAUCAUAGAGUAGUUUUAGCUGCUAACGAUGGUCUAUAUCACCUAAAAUCAGAUAAUUUAAUUCCUAAGAAGCUAAUGGACCUAGAUUUUGUGCCUGCAGGCAUUGCCUUUGACGAUGAUGAUUUCUAUGUAUCUACGAACGGGAUGGUGUACAAAUAUAGUAAUGACGAUUGCGAGGAAUAAAUUAUUUGAGAAUU